GAGAGAUCAAAGGGUCAACCCCACCAUCCAGUAGCAUUGUUAUAAAAUACAGAGAGGUGCAUGUGAUGCAACCUCUUCCCCUUUACACUCCCCAUUAUUAGCAGCUUCAUCAAUGGGGUAGAAUGGACCUACCACCAAUUACAAAACCCAAAAGCAAAAGCAAAAAGACCGUCCUAAUCAAGAAAAGUUUCAUCUCAUCUACAAAGCAUAACCAAGAAAGCAACUUCCCCCAAUGGUAUAGAUCAUGACGAUGGUGAUGAUGGUCAGAAGCCAAGAAAAUUCCCAGGAUCAGAUGGUUCCCACUGCCCCCAUCACCACCUCCAUUUGCCCCACCUGGAAACUGUACGAGAACCCCUUUUAUAUCUCUCAUCAACAAGAAAAUCAUCAACAAAAUCUUACUCACGAGCAAAUUCAUCAUCUCCACCUGCCUAUUUCUGCACGAAAAAUCGCAGCUUCUUUCUGGGAUUUAACCUUUAUCAAACCCCUUAUGGAAUCUGAACUUGAAGUUGCUCGAGGGCAGAUUGUUCAGUUGAAGGCUGAGCUAGAAUGUGAACGCAAAGUGCGUAAAAAUAUGGAGUCUCUGAAUAAAAAACUGGCCAGGGAACUUUCUGAGGAGAGGAAAGGAAGAGAAGCAUUGGAGAGAGUUUGCCAAGAUCUUGCUAAAGAAGUAUCUUUCGAUAAAGGUGAAUUCGACAGGAUGAAGAAAGAAAUGGAGGAAGAAAGGAAAAUGCUACAUGUGUCUGAAGUUUUAAGGGAAGAACGCGUGCAAAUGAAGCUCUCAGAAGCAAAACUCUUGCUCGAAGAAAAACUGUUAGAAUUGGAAGACAAUAGAAGGAUUCAAAUUGAAUCAUCAAGUUUCAAGAAAGAUGAAAAGAAUCAAGAAAAUGAUAUUGAUCAUUAUCGGACUACAUCUUCUUCGACUGUUAAUAACAGAGGGUUUAAAACACUGGACAAAAUAAGGUUUGUAUUGGCAGAUAAACCGAGUUAUAAUAAUACCGAUAACAAUGGCAAGCUUCAGUCAAUGGUAAUUCAGAGAAGAGCUUCUCCAGAGCCUGAAAAUCCUCAUAUCAAACGAGGGAUUAAAGGGUUCGUCGAAUUUCCGAAAGUGAUUCGAGCAAUUGGUUGCAGAAGUAAACAUAUGGGCACCAAGUUGGAGUGCCAGAAGGCUCAGCUAAAUUUACUACUAAAACAGAAGGGUCCUGUCCGACUCAAUGGCCUUAUAGCCAGCUAAGACUAAUUUUCCUUUAAGCGAGUUCUUGAUGAAUUUAUUGUCCUUUGUUUGUUGAACCAUUGAUGUUGUUCUUUGUAGUUAUAAGUUAAGCUCGUUUGGGGAAUGAAUUGCCUCCCAUGAACAGGAUUUUCUUGUUAAAAUAAGCAUGUGAUUUUGUAAUAGUUGGAAUUUGACCCAGUUAUUUCAUGUUUGG